CGCCGCCGGAGCGAGCGACACGGCUGCGGCCCCCCUCCCCUCCCUUCCCUCCCUCCCUCCCAUCCCCCCCUCCCCGAGACCCACCGGACCCCGAACCCAGAUGGCCGAAAUGGAUUCCCCCUUUUAGCGAUUUGGCGUCUCCCUCGACCACCACCUCUUUGUGCCGCAGCCCCCUCGCAGACCUGCUCCCGAGGGUGACGCCCCCCAGGCCCCCUGCCCCCCACCCCGGCAUCAUGCAUCGGACCACACGGAUCAAAAUCACGGAGCUGAAUCCGCACCUUAUGUGUGCCCUCUGCGGGGGGUACUUCAUCGACGCUACCACCAUCGUGGAGUGCUUGCAUUCCUUCUGCAAAACCUGCAUCGUGCGCUACCUGGAGACCAACAAGUACUGCCCCAUGUGUGACGUGCAGGUCCAUAAAACCAGGCCGCUGCUGAGCAUCAGAUCUGACAAAACCCUCCAAGACAUCGUCUAUAAAUUGGUCCCUGGGCUUUUUAAAGAUGAGAUGAAACGGCGGCGGGAUUUCUAUGCAGCGUACCCCCUGACUGAAGCCCCCAACGGCUCCAAUGAGGACCGCGGCGAGGUCCUGGAGCAGGAGAAGGGGGCUCUGAGCGACAAUGAGAUUGUCAGCCUCUCCAUCGAGUUCUACGAAGGUGUCAGGGACCGGGAUGAAAAGAAGGGCCCUCUGGAGAAUGGGGACGGGGACAAGGAGAAGACAGGGGUGCGAUUCCUGCAGUGCCCAGCAGCCAUGACCGUCAUGCAUCUCGCCAAGUUUCUUCGCAACAAGAUGGAUGUGCCCAGCAAGUACAAGGUGGAGGUUCUCUAUGAGGAUGAACCACUGAAGGAGUACUACACCCUCAUGGAUAUUGCCUACAUCUAUCCAUGGCGGCGGAAUGGCCCUCUCCCCCUCAAGUAUCGGGUCCAGCCGGCCUGCAAGCGGCUCACCUUGCCUACAGCGCCCACCCCCUCGGAGGGCACCAACACCAGCGGGGCGUCUGAGUGUGAGUCAGUCAGCGACAAGGCUCCCAGCCCUGCCACCCUGCCGGCCACCUCCUCCUCCCUGCCCAGCCCAGCCACCCCUUGCCAUGGCUCUCCCAGCUCCCACGGGCCCCCGGCCACCCACCCUACCUCCCCCACUCCCCCUGCGACAGCCAGUGGGACCACCACAGCUGCCAACGGGGGUACCUCGAACUGCCUGCAGACACCAUCUUCCACCAGCAGGGGGCGCAAGAUGACUGUCAACGGAGCUCCUGUGCCCCCCUUAACUUGAGGAAAGGGACCCUCUCCCUCCUUUUCCAGCCAUGCCUCUCCACCCCUCCACUUUUUCUGGGCCCCUUUUCCACCUCUUCUACUUUCCCCAGCUCCUCCCGCCUUAGGGGUGGGGGGUGGGUUUUAUAAAUAAAUCUAUAUAUAUAUGUACAUAGGAAAAACCAAAUAUACAUACUUAUUUUCUAUGGACCAACCAGAUUAAUUUAAAUGCCACAGGAAACAAACUUUAUGUGUGUGUGUAUGUGUGGGGGGUGGAGUGUUCAUUUUUAGGAGGUCUUGUGUAAUUUGCCCUGCUCUCAUUUUGGGGGUGCCUGGAGGUGGACUGGAGGGGCCACCUGAGGCUCAGUAAAGCUCCGCUCCAUCCUCCUUCCGUUUCCCAAGGCAGAUGGGGUGUUCCGGGAGCCCUACCAGCCCCCAAAGCUUUAGGCACAACUCCAGCUGGCCGUGUAUGGGGUCUGCCCUCUCUGCCCCCAUCUCGGCUGCUGUCCCGCCCCUGCCAGUGCCCCCUGCCCCCAUUGUUGAAUGUCCAGAGAAUCGCUAAGACAGUGCCUUUUACAAAUGCAGUUUAUCCCCUGGUUCUGAGGAUUGAGUGGGUGGUAAAGAUGCAUCUCCCUUACCUCCUCUUCUUGCAGUGGAAACUUUGUGCAAAGAAUAGAUAGUUCUGCCCCCCCCCCCACUCCCCCACCCCUAUGUGUGUGGCCUUUGCAUCAUUUAUCUUGUGGAAGAGAAGAUUCAGGGCACGGGAGGCCUCAGCCCUUGAAAUUCCACUGUGGCUUUAGCAGGGCGAACGCUUGGCCUGGUUCUGCCCCGAGCCCGCAGCCCCGACAGGCAAGGCUGGUUUUGGCGAAGUCCCACCUGGGGGCCUGGAGUGCAGGGGAGAGGUGGAGUGGGGUUCAUCUCAAACACAGAUCCCAGAUUGUGCCAAAGGCCAACAGCCCCCCAGUCCCCUCCCCACCCCCAGCCGAGGCUGAGUCAGGACAGAGCCACAGAGGCAUCGAAAAGCACAAGAAGAUGGAGACCUUUAAGCUCUGACCUUGGCUCCAUCCCGAGAAGUCAGUGGACGGCCCCCCGAAGGGCGGACCCCAGCAGAUCCCUGCCCACCUGUCUUUCCUCCAAUGUACAUAGAUCAGAUCGGGGAGGAGAUGAGGAGGCAAGAUUCCCUUGCAACCUAGGUGUUUGGGGUCGGGAGCCCCCCCAUCAGGUUUGUCUGUGUUUGCACCUCUCCCGUGUCUGAGGUGCUGUGACUGUACCCCCUCCUGCCCUGGGACAUUUGUAUCUCCCGGCUUUGUAAUAAAUGCUGCAUACUCUCCGGA